AUGAAGAAGGCAAUGAGGAGGGAUUUGUGCAUUGAUGUCUUUAAAAGCCAAAUAUACAGAGCUAAGAGAAAAGCAAAGGAGGCUAUAAUGGGAUCUCAUAAAGAGCAGUUUAUGAAGUUGUGGGAUUAUUGCAAUAUCAUCAGGGUGAGAAAUCCAGGAAGCCUUGCUUUCUUACAUGUGGAGAGCCUCAUCCAGAUGGCUGUUGUAGAAGCAGAACUAAAGGAUUCAUGGAAUUGGUUUUUAACAAAUUUGCUACAAGCUAUCGGACCAGCGGAGGCUCAUGGGUGGACUUUCAUAUCUGAUAGACAAAAGGGUCUGGUGGAGGUUUUUGAUGCCCUACUUCCAGGAGUAGACCAUAGGUUUUGUGUGCAGCAUAUGCAGUGGGAUGUCACUGGGGUUCCAUGUAAGCAUGUUGUCUCUGCAAUAUUCAAGCAAAAGUUGGAACCGGAGGAGUUUGUUCACAAGUACUUUCUAGAGGAGACCUAUAUAAGAACAUAUAGCCAAAUGAUCAUGCCUCUACCUGAUUCAUCAAUGUGGCCUAAAGUUGGGAUUGAGCCUAUAAUGCCACUUCCAUAUAGAAGACAACUAGGUAGACCUAAAAAAGUGAGAAAGAGGGCGGUUGAUGAGCCCAAGAAAGGUACAAUUAGUACAGAAGGUAAGAAGUAUAGAUAUAAGAAGUGUAAAGAGUUCAGACACAACACUCGAUCUUGCACUAAGACUGUAUGUAGAGAGGAAAUAGUUGGUGAGGGAACAAGUAAAAGCAAGGGAGGGAGACCACCAGUGAAUCGAGGAGGGAGACCACCAGUGAAUCAAAGAGGAAGAUCACUACUUGGGAGAGGUGGAAGAGCACCAGUAACUUCAGGAAAAAGCAAUGCUUCUGCCAUGAGAGGAGGUAUACCAAUUGGGAGAAGAGGAAGAUCAAUGGGUAGAGCUGGAAGGCAUUAA